AUGUUACUAUAUGGUUGGCUCGGGUACCAUGCCUGCUAUGAUUCUAAUAUAGAUCGAGUUUGCAUGUUAAGCAUUGUAGUAGAUGUCUUAAGGAUUUCUGAGUGGUUCACGUUACUUGAAAGGUUGGAGGCUAGUGUAAUUGGUUAUCUCACAACUAUCAAGGUUGAUGUCAGUACACUGAAGAAAGAGCUAGACCAAAUGAAAUGCACAAAUUUUGAUUUCUUCGUAUCAAAUCCUGAUCAUGUGGAUCCUUCUCUAGUAGAGCCUUUGGUUCCCACCAUUGUGAAGCAUAUGGAAGGUGGUCAACAUGAUGGCUUAGAAAAGUCUCCAAAUGGUGACAUUUCUAAUGCUGAGACAAAUGAAGGUGAUAUAGUUGCGGCACAUGAGAAGGCAGCCAUAGGGAUGCACCAGAGUAAUUUUGAAUCCUUCCAAGAUUUGGAGGACAUAAGUAUUGAUGCAGUCAUGAAGGUAUCUCAAAAGGAGACAUCCAUAGUUGGUAUAAGUGGUGUUACUCCUCACUCAAUGGAAGUGGUGAAAACAGAGGUCCUACAACAGAUUUCCUUAGGUUGUUGGUUCUCAUCUCCUGUAUUGGCUCCAAUCAGAAGCAUACCGCAGAAUGCACCAAAUUGGAGAAGUGUAAUGCAAGGUGUAGUUUUAACAAAUAGGGAAGAGAAUGACAAGGUGCGAUACGCUGGAGAAAGCAGCAGAUCAGGAGCCUCUAUAAAUAGGCAUAUUGUAGAGCAGAGCACUAUUGCAGUGACGAAUGCUACUAGACAUGAUGUAAAGAGUGGGGAAGAAACUUUUCAUCAGACAGAUCAGAUACUAAGAGAGGUACAGAAUGGUGAAACCUCAUCUGACUUGGUUGGCUAUCCUGCUGAGUCAAUCUUCCUAAUCAGAGGAUAUGAUGGAGUAUCAUGGCUAACUGCCUUGGGGUCAUAUUCACCAUCAAAUGAUGUGGUGAAGUCUUUGAAGCCAAUGCAUUCAGUCCAAUCAUAUGCCGGAGUUGCAGAACUCUGUGGACAGCUGUUUGUGUUUGGUGGCGGCGAUGGUGGAGCUAUUGGAGCCGAAAGCUUGUGGUACGACACAGUUGUAUCAUAUAAACCAGCAACUAACAUGUGGACUCUACAUCCCCCUUUGAAAACGAAAAAGGGCACUUUAGCUGGUGCUACUUGGAAAGACAGAAUCUUUGCAAUUGGUGGAGCAAACGUGAUCGUCUGUUUUUCAGAAGUUGAGAUGUAUGAUCCUCAAUUCGGAUGUUGGUUUAAUACAAGGCCCAUGUCUCAAAAGCGAUCUUGUCUUGCUGCAGCAGAACUCAAUGGUGCGUUAUACGCUGUUGGUGGAUAUGAUGGAAGCAAUUACCUUGCGACUGCUGAAAGAUUUGAUCCAAGAGAGUUUGUGGGCAACAAUAAGAAGUAUGAGUACGAGAAGAGGAUAUCAUACAUUGACUGUGUUGGAUGGGAAGUUGUAUGUUAUCAAUUUUUCGUGCUUUUUGAUUGCAAAAGUAGUCGAAGGGGAUAUGCACUUGGUGGGUAUGAUGGGUCUACAAUGGUACGUAGCACUGAAAUAUAUGACCCCCGUCUUGCAACAUGGAUGGUUGGUGAGCCAAUGGAACUCGCGAGAGGUUAUUCAGCUGCUGCUGUUCUACAGGACUCUAUUUAUGUGAUUGGAGGAGUUAAAUCUAAUGAGGAAAUUGUAGACGUGAUUGAAUGUUACAAGCCCGGUGUAGGCUGGAAAACACUGAACUUGAAGGGAAUUGGAAGAAGGUGCAUCUGCUCAGCUAUAGUCUUAACUAAUGACUGA